AUGAAAUCAAUCUUCGCCUUAAUUUUCGCUUUUCUCGCUCUCGUCAGUUUAACGGCUGUCUUAGCUGCUCCGCGGGAUACUGUCAGUAGUGUUCGGAUUCCUCGCAACAAACGGCGACGAUUCGGUGGAUAUCACAGGCGAAACUACUCGCCUCCCUAUAGUUCCUCGAAUACUCCUUCCUCGAAUACUCCUUCCUCGAAUACUCCUUCCUCGAAUACUCCUUCCUCGAAUACUUCCUCGAAUACUCCCUCAGAUACUAAUCCCGGUAGUAAUUCUCCUCCUCAAUCUGGUCCCCAAUCUGGUCCCCCAUCUGGUCCCCCAUCUGGUCCUCAAUCUGGUCCCCAAUCUGGUCCCCCAUCUGGUCCCCCAUCUGGUCCUCAAUCUGGUCCUCAAUCUGGCCCCCCAUCCGGUCCCCCAUCUGGUCCCCCAUCUAGUCCCCCAUCUAGUCCUCCAUCUAGUCCCCCAUCUGGUCCUCAAUCUGGUCCUCAAUCUGGUCCCCCAUCUGGUCCCCCAUCUGGUCCUCAAUCUGGUCCCCCAUCUGGUCCUCAAUCUGGUCCCCCAUCUGGUCCCCCAUCUGGUCAAUGA